AAUAAAUCACUGUAAUUAAUUUCGUCCCCGAAAAAGAUGCACAGUACGUACGCAGGCAUUGAUUACUCCCAGUCUUGUCCUGUGAUGAAGCGCUUGGACUGCGUCCACCUCCAAAACGCGCAGCCGCCUUUUCCACGCGCCCACCGGCUCUGAAUUCCUCCUCCCUCUCCCAAACCAAACCCGCGCGGCGAAAGCAACGGCCGGAGCACGGGAAGGAAGGAAGGAAGGAGGGAAGGAGGAGACCUCUCUCUCGCUCGCUCGCGCGCGUCGUCGUCGUCGUCUCCGCCGAUCCUCCCCGUGCCUCGAAGCGCGCGCGGGGGCAGGCAGGCCGGAAGCUUCGCGCGCAAGGCGCUGAGGAGGAGGAGGAGGAGCGGGAGGAGCCUGGAGAGCGCGCGCCGACGCGGUCGCCGCUCCGCGCCUGCACCGGGGGUCGGUUCGCGCGGCAUGGUCUUGGCCCCCGCGCGAACGCACGGGAAUGGCGGAUAGGGCGAAGGUCGUGGCCGUCGUGGUCGCCGCGGGCGUGGGCGCGGCGGUGCUCGCGGCGGCGUGCGUGUUCCUCGCCAUAUGGAUGUACCGGCGGCGGGCCAGCGUGGUGGCGCGGACGCGGACGCGGUCGCUCGAGUCCUCCACGGCCACGCUGCGGGCCAACGGCUCCACCGCCAGCCUCGACUCCAGCGUCUCCGUCUCCGUCGUCUCCGAGAGCGUCGCCGACUGGGGCCACAACCCGCUGCCGCCGGGGAAGCGCGUCGCCUUCUGGGGCUGGCGGGGCGCCAACAACGGCAGGGACCAGCCCCUCUCCAUCUCCGGGAUCCCCAAGUACCACUACAAGGAUCUGCAGAAGGCUACCAACAACUUCACCACGAUUCUGGGGCAAGGAUCGUUUGGUCCUGUGUACAAGGCUGUAAUGGCUACCGGUGAAGUCGUGGCUGUAAAGGUUCUCGCGAGCGAUUCUACGCAAGGGGAAAGAGAGUUCCAGACAGAGGUAAUCUUGCUUAGUCGGCUGCAUCAUAGAAAUCUUGUUAAUUUGGUUGGAUAUUGCGUGGAAAAAGGCCAACACAUUCUGAUGUAUGAGUACAUGAGCAACGGGAAUUUGGCAACUCUUCUGUAUGGCGAUAAUAAACGGAGUUUGAGCUGGCAAGAGAGGCUACAAAUAGCUCACGACGUCUCUCAUGGGAUUGAGUACCUGCAUGAAGGGGCUGUCCCGCCUGUUAUUCACCGAGACCUAAAGUCUGCUAAUAUACUCUUGGACGAAUCAAUGAGGGCCAAGGUUGCAGACUUUGGUCUAUCAAAGGAGGAAGUAUUUGAUGGAAGUAAGUCAGGUCUCAAGGGCACCUAUGGAUAUAUGGACCCUGAUUACAUGUCCACCAACAAAUUCACAAAGAAGAGUGAUGUUUACAGUUUCGGCAUAAUACUUUUUGAACUCAUAACAGCCAUAAAUCCACAACAAGGCUUAAUGGAGUACAUUGACCUACCAUUGGAGGGGAAGGAAAGGUGGAUUGGGAUGAGAUACUUGACAAGAACCUCCUUGGCGGGAGCAUUCCAGAAGAGGCAAGGGUCCUUGCCGAUGUUGCCUACCGGUGCAUCAACAGGAGCCCAAGGAAGCGGCCAUGGAUAUCAGAGGUCACCCAGGCCAUUUCAAGGCUAAGGCAGCGGCAGAUGACUUUGCCGAGGAGCGAGACCAGGACCGUGCUAAGGAGGAUAGAGUACCAGCACGUGGAGCUCAGCGAUCUCGCCGGCAUGAAAGAACUCACGCCGGUAGGAGCCUGAAGUCCCUCCUUCCUAUUUGAUGAAAACAUCAGUUAGUUUUGGCCUUUGAAGGUGUCUAACUUGGGUUGGAAUAGAUGUAAAUAAUCCUGAAGGUAGAGUUUGGCAGGAUGACCGUCUCUCAAUUGAUAGACUGGCAAAUUGGUAAUAUGAACACUCUAGUAACAAAUGCUAGAAAGUGUAAAUCGAUGAAGGGGACAUUAAACUGCAUGCUGACCUUA